GUAAAAGAGAAGCUUCCCUAUGAACGUCUUCUGUCAUGGAGGGGAUCCUAGGAAGUAUUCUGCUGUUGUGCCUUAUCAGCUUAACAUAUGCUAAUACCAGUCCUACAAUCGACAAAUUGGUAUACCAAUUGUGUGAAGACAUCCCCCCAGGUGGCAAUGCGUUUAAUAUAAGUGCAACAGACGCAGAAACUGAGAUCCUGACUUAUCAACUCACUGGGCCCAAUGCUGUAUACUUCCAUGUCGGCGAAAACACUGGGAUUGUUACGGUCGCAAAUCCGCUAAAUGUCCCGGAUGAAUUCAAUAUGGAUCUUGGAGUUGUUGUCUCUGAUGGUCCAAAUAAGACACCAGGACAGUUAACUCUAGCAUUUAUAGAAGCCAACAACAACCCACCCAUAUUCCAGGAGGGGUCAUACGAUAAAGUGAUUCGAGAAGAUACCGCUGUAGACACAGUUUUGUUUAUGGUGCGGGCUACUGAUAAAGAUACUUUAACUGGUGGUAUUAUUAUUUACAGCAUUGAUCAAGUUACUCCAAAUGAGGGAUCAAGUGUGUUCAGCAUCGUACCCACAACUGGUGACGUCAAAUUAGCAGAACGUCUGAAUUAUACUUCACUAAGCACUUUCUACCGUCUUAGGAUCAAUGCAACAGAUGGUGGGGGCAAUUGCCAUUAUCAGGAAACAAACUAUUUCUCCAGUGUUGUUUAUUCCUUCAUUACGGUGGAGGACGUCGCAGAUCUCGACCCAAAGUUCCUCGGUGUUCCUUAUAUAGGGAGAGUUGAGGAGAACGUUCUGGUGGACACAUCUGUGCUUAAAGUGAUCGCCAUAGACCAAGACAUUGGAAUUAAUGAUGUUAUCAACUACAGCAUUGAAAAUUCGACACCAGCUGGCCUGUUUAAAAUCUCAAGAGACAAUGGCAUCAUAUCUGUGAUGUCACCAAUUGACAGAGAAGUUGUUGGUGAUACUGUUACCCUGACUGUAAAGGCCACCGAGUCUAAUCCAAACAUCCACGGUAUACUAGCCAGCACCACAACAGAUGUACUGAUCAGCAUCCUUGAUGUCAAUGACAACGUGCCUGAGUUUUAUAAGUGUGACGGCUCAAGCGACGCGCUCUCCUGUGAACGAGCAAGCCACUUCACAGGAGAGGUCCUUGAGCACGCACUGGGGUCCAUAUACAUCAACAUGACGGUCAAAGAUCACGAUAAGAUUUCCCGCACUAAACUAAUCCUGGAGGGAACUGACAAGGACCUGUUUUCUGUGGAACCUCAAUCUACGUCGUCAGAUAGUAUUGUUCAGCUGCUGGUCAAGGAGCCCAAUCUGCUGGACUUUGAAAAGAUACAGCAAAUAGUUCUGCAGGUGGUUGCCAUAGAUGAAGAUAAACCAAGCGUCCGCUCCACUGCUACAGUUACUAUUUCCAUCAAGGACGACAAUGACAACAGCCCCACGUUCCCACACGACACAUAUAAACUGAAUGUGUCUGAGCACUCUCCUGAUGGGACGAUAGUGGCCAAGAUCACUGCAGAGGAUCCUGACACAAUGGAUCAAGGCAACAUCACCUACAGACUUCUUCCAGACAGCAUGCGACUGUACUUUGACGUGGAGCCAAAAACGGGCACAAUUUAUGUGAAAAACAUGACUCUGUUGGAUCGCGAGGUCAGAUCUCUGUAUUCAGUGACUCUGGAGGCCAGAGACACAGACGAGAAGCCCGGCAACACAAUGCUGGAGAUCACUCUGACCGAUAUCAAUGACCAGAAGCCAGUCUUCAGCAGAGAAUCCUACCUGGCAUUUGUGGAGGAGGGGGGAAAGCUUGAAGUUAAGAUUGAGGCGACUGAUGCCGACGACUCUGAUACAGAAAACAGCCAAAUCGUGUAUGGAAUUAUGCAGAGCAGGUUCAGUGACAACUUCACCAUCGACCCAAACACUGGUGUGUUGACAAACAGAGGCGAGCUGGAUCGAGAGGACCUGGACCCAAAGCUGAAUGGGAGGAUCGAACUAAACGUAACUGCUACUGACAAAGGAACUCCCCCUUUGUUCGCUGUGGUCCCAGUUAUUAUCAAUGUAGAGGAUAUCAAUGAUAAUGCUCCGCUAUUUGAGGCCUCCUCUUAUAAUUUCUCUGUUAAAGAAGGAGAAAGAGGUGCAUACGUGGGCUCUGUCUAUGCUGAGGAUUUGGACCAAACGACAGACUUCAAUCGCAUUUCUUUCAGCAUAAUCGAAGGAAGCUUCGGCAGCUUCAUCAUUCGCACCUUUGCAGACGAGAGGGGCUACAGGGGGAACAUCACCGUGGACCCGGACAUUGAAUUGGACUAUGAGAGCACCCGGAAGCAAUUCAGACUGAGGGUAGAGGCAAUAGAUCUUGAGCAAAAGAUAGCUGUAACCACGGUAGAUGUGUACGUGCUGGACGUGAACGACGAGAGGCCUGAGUUCACGCCGACGGGGCCUGUGACGGUGAAAGAGAACACCACUGUCAGUGGGGUCAUUGGGAGUUUCACAGGUCAGGACAAAGACGGAAAUCACUCACUGGUUUAUGAACUGGAAUCCAUGAAAUGCAGAUGCAACGGCUCUCUGGUAUCCUGCAGCUGGUUUAUCCUCGAUCCGACGGGGGAAGUCAGACUCAACCUGUCGUACACAGUGGACUAUGAAGAGUGUGACCAGGCGGUGAUCGAGGCCCAGGUGGUGGACGAGUUCACAGAGAAGGGGGAAAACAACAGUGUUACAACAGGAGAGCUGGUGAUCGACAUCGUAGACAUCAACGACAACGCUCCUGAAUUCAUUCCCUCAGAUUCUGUAUUUGUUGUGGUGUCUGAAAGUGCAAGUAAAGGGACGUCAGUUGCAGGAGUCACUGCUAUAGAUGGUGAUUCUGGAGUUAACAGGCAGAUUGACUUUAAAGUAGAACUAGUCCAGUUCGAAGACACCAGCAAUCGCACAACUGGCAUGAGGAUGCUGUUUGAGGCCGUCACCACACAGCAGAAGGAUAUUUAUGUUGGGAUUAUUCAAACUACUGAGGGACUAGAAAUGUCACUGAAGGGGAAAUAUUUAGUAACGGUGUCUGCAACUGAUACUGGUGGCAUCUCCAGCAACACCGUACUGGAGAUUUUCUCAGUUGAUGAAACGUAUAAAGUCGAGCUUCAGUUUACAAGAACUGUAGCGCAAGUUGAACAGGAUCGCGAUAAAAUCAUCAGGUCGCUCAUUGCUGCCACCAAAGCUGCUGUUGAAGUUGUCGCAAUCAGGGAUGAAACUGAUGACACAUCCAGAGCUUCACCUAUCACUGUGAUGGUGACGUACUUCGUCUACUCCAACGGGACAGCUCUCACCUCCAAUGAAGUGGAGGGGAUGGUCUCUGUUCCUGAGCAUUAUCCUGUACUGGCAGACCUUGGCCUCAGAUACAUUGGGCAGCCUCCUACGACCGUAGUACCAGUAGAUACUUUGAAGUACGUUCUGUUCGGGAUGGUGGGAGGCCUCAUCAUCGUGCUGGGGAUCCUCACCACCUCUCUCAUGUGCACCCGCAGAAACUACGGGAGGAAGCUAAAGGCCGCUAAAGCUAUGAAUUCUGCGUCCAUGGUGACGUCUGACAACCAGAAGGGUGGCGCUGUGGUGCCUGGAACCAACAAGUACACCAUGGAGGGAGCCAAUCCAGUUCUCAACCUCCACAUGGUCCUGGACUUGGAUGAGGAGAGCUCAGAUGUGGACAAAGUCAGUCUCAAUUCCCUCGACCUCUCUGAAGACAUGGGCCUUCCUGGAAAUCAUAUAAAAACAAACAUGUUGAUGAUCGAGGAGGAAGAGGAAGAGGAGGAGGAGGAGAACUACAGCGGACCACCAGCGUACAUUGAGCCUCUGGGGGCUGCGCUGGCCCAUCGGGGACAGAAGAGAGACCAACCUCAAGUGGGUUAUAGUAACCCGGCCUUCAGCACCACAGACCUGUGAUGGAGAGAAUGUAGAGAGAGGCACCAAGCUCAGGCUUCAGAUGGACACAUGUUGCGUCUCUGACUAGAUCGACCAAAUAACGAAUCAAACACAUAGGGUCUUGUCUUGUGCCUGGCCAAACAGAAAUUUCCUUUCUAGUUGUCAUUUUCCCAUAUUGCGCCGCGUUUUAAAUAGUAAAUGCACU